AUGCCUUCGACACAUAACAGAGAUAAGCCAUGGGACACCCCCGAUAUAGAUAAAUGGGCUAUUGAAGAAUUCAAACCAGAACAUAACGCAAGCGGUCUACAUUUUACUGAAGAAUCAUCAUUUAUGACAUUAUUCCCCAAAUAUCGUGAACAAUAUCUUAGAAGUAUAUGGAGUGAUGUAACAAAGGCAUUGGACAAGCAUUUUAUACGAUGUGAAUUAGAUCUUGUAGAAGGAUCAAUGACGGUAAAAACUACAACCAAGACAUUUGAUCCCGCAAUGAUUAUUAAAGCUCGUGAUUUAAUUAAAUUGUUGGCUAGGUCAGUUCCAUUCCCACAAGCAGUCAAGAUUUUACAAGACGAUAUUGCUUGUGAUGUGAUCAAGAUUGGUAAUUUUGUUACCAAUAAAGAUCGUUUUAUCAAAAGAAGACAAAGAUUAGUGGGUCCCAAUGGUAAUACAUUGAAAGCAUUGGAAUUAUUGACAAAAUGUUAUAUAUUAGUACAAGGAAACACAGUUAGUGCUAUGGGUCCAUACAAAGGUUUAAAAGAAGUUAGAAGAGUAGUUGAAGAUUGUAUGAAAAAUAUUCAUCCAAUCUACUACAUCAAAGAAUUGAUGAUAAAGCAAGAAUUACAAAAAAACCCCGAACUAGCUCAUGAAGAUUGGUCAAGAUUUUUGCCAAGUUUCAAAAAGAGAAAUGUUGCCAGAAAGAAAGUCAGCAAGAAGAAUAAAGCGGAAAAGAAGGUUUAUACUCCAUUCCCACCUGCUCAACAACCACGUAAGGUUGAUUUACAAAUUGAAAGUGGUGAAUAUUUCCUCGGUAAACGUGAGAAAGAAUUGAAGAAGUUGCAAGAAAAGAGAGCUCAACAGGAAGAAAAUAGUGAGUUAAAGAGACAAGAAAGAGCUAAAGAUUAUGUUGCUCCAGAAGAGGAAGAUUAUGAGAAUAAACUUUUAGGUAGUGAAAAGAAGGACAAGAAAGAGAAGAAAGAGAAGAAAGAAAAGAAAGAAAAGAAGGAAAAGAAGGAAAAGAAGAGAAAGUCAGGUGUUGAUUCAGAAGACGAGGGUUCCAAACACAAGAAAUCUAAAAAAUCCAAAGAUUGA